AUGGAGUUGCACUCAAAGGGACCAGAUUUCAUUCCACCAACAGAAGAUCUGGCCUUUGAUAUCUAUCAAGAUCCAGAAGUAGCGAAUAUUAUUCGCCGACUAGAGAAACAGAAGCAAUUCUGUGUAUCUCGUGAGUCUGUUUCCAUUAUGCGUCUGUCCGCUUUGUUGGAGACUGUUUUUCAAGGUGUCUUAUGUCUUGUGAGUGGUGUUCUUUCCUUAUUAUACACUCAUUGUUUAGUUGGCCUAACCAAAUCAUUGGAUGCUCCCACCCGAGAGUUCGAGAUGGUUUUCGGUAAACGUAUUAAAUUAUUCCGUUUGACUGCUCCAGAUGUGAAAGUUCUGUUCUCUCGUCUCGAGAGUGUCUUUGACACAGUAGGAUAG